GUUCAUAUACCUCCAUUUGAUAUAGCUUCUCCAACACUUGACCUUCGUUCAGGUGAUACAUUUCCAUUAAAAAUUUCAUUCACUCCACAAUCAACUGGUGAAUUUACUAAUGAAUUUAUUAUGAUUUGUGAUAAUGGUGAAAUAUCACGCUAUACAUUGAAAGGUGUGGCACAAACAAUUCAAAUUCGUCUUGAAGAUGUUGAAGGUGGUCUAGUUGAUUUAAAUGAACUUGAAAUACGUGAUAUUUCAACACAAUAUUCAAUUAAUUUUAUUUCGAUAACUCCAUUUUCUUAUUGUCAAAAAAGAAUACUAAUUAAAAACUUAACAAAUGUUGAAUUACCAUUUGUAUGGACAUUACUUGAACCUGUACUUUAUAAUCGUGAAGAUUUUGCUGAUCAAACACAACCAGUUGAAAUCGAAAGAAUCGUUUGUGAAUCAUCUCCAUUUAAUAUUCAACCAAAUCGAGGAACAUUUCCUCCAUCAUCAAUCGUAGAAUUUCAUCUUGUAUUUGCACCAUCACAAAUUGGAAAUUAUCAUACAGUCUUUCAUUUAAUUAUACCAAAUGCUCCGAUAUAUCCAACAUCAGUAUCAAGUCCAGAACAUACGGAUCAUACAAAAAAUUCAACUAAUGGACGAGCUCCUUCAUCGGACAUACUUUCUCGUAAUAGCUCAAAAAUGUCAGCGAUACCAUCAGCAAGUAUUCAAUAUGCUGAUCAAACAGUAUUACGAUUUGAAGCACGUGGUAUAUGUGAAAAUUUUAAAUAUAUAUUUGAUCCAUUUGCUCUUAUGUUUAUGGAUAAACUUUAUAAAAAUAUUUCAUAUCGAAAAGAUUUUCAAUUCAGUAAUACAAGUAUCAGUCCUCUGAUAAUUAAUUGGAUGAGUGUAGUUGGCGAUGAAAUAAUUAAUGUUGAACCAGUUGCUGCAGAAAUUCCACCGGAUGCAACUUGUCAAUUUACAUUAAUAUUAACCGGAACAAAAACAGGUUUAGUAAAAGUCGAAGUACCCUAUGAAAUUGAUGGAAUUGAUGAAUAUGGAUAUUUUCAUGUUGAAGCAGAGAUUAUUGGUCCUGAUGUUGCCAUUGAUCCAGCUCCAAUUGAUUUUGGUUUAGUUGAAUAUGGAGAAACAAUUGAAAAGAUUUUUAAAAUCAAAAAUACAAGUCCAAUUAUUGCAAAAUGUCGUGUGGAAGAAGUGAAUAAAAAUGAAUCUAAACCUGUAUUAUCUUUACCAGAUAAUACUGAAAUAACACUUAAACCAAUCGAAGUAUAUGAAUUUCCUAUUCGACUAUUAGCAAAUGAAGAAGGUUCAUUAUUACAUCACAUUGAAGUAAUUAUUGAAGAUGGCAAAACUAUACCUAUUGAAAUCACUGCAAUUAUUCAACGACCAAGUGCCUAUAUUUCUCCUGUUGAACUUAAUAUUCAAGAAUCAUUUGUUAAUGUUCCAGUUACUCGAUAUGUCGAAAUCUAUGCUGUCAAUGCAUUACCUACACAUUUUCAAUGGGGAGAAGUAACAUGUUCUGAUAGAGAUCAAUGUUUAAUUGAAAUUAAUCCUCGUCAAGGUACAAUCUAUGAUGGCAAAUCAAUAUCUAUUGAAAUAACAUUUAUUCCUCAACAAUGUGGAAAAUUAAAUGAUGAUUGGCAUAUACCUUGUUAUAUACAAAAUUCAUCACAACCCAUAUUUCUUAAAUUAAAUGCUCUAAUAAAAACUAUGAAUUUAGAAUUUCGACUUAAUGAUAAUACAUUUCAAUUUGAUGAACAAUUUAUACUUGAUUUUAAUCGUGUACCAUUAGGAGAAAAAUCAUGUUUAGAAUUAAUUAUUACAAAUUUAACAGAUAUUCAAAGUGGAAUAAAAGCUAAGGUAGCAAAAUUUAAAACACGAGUUUUACCAACUGUUAAUGAACAAACUAAUCAAAACUAUGAACCAAUAAACCAAGAAGUUGGUAUUGGCUUUCAUUUAAAUAAAUCCGAAACAGAUAUUUAUAAUUUACCACCACGUGGAACAGUUACUAUCCCAAUCUCAGUGAUUAGUUCAAUGUGGGGAACAUAUACAGAUCUUUUACAAUUACAAAUUGAUGGAAUCGAUACAAUCAAAGAAAUUCCUCUUCAAGUACAUAUAACCGGACAUCCAAUAAAAACAUAUUUAUGUGCAAAUAAUAAAUCGAAUUCAACAUCAUUACCAAUUGUACAAUUUGGUUCAAUGUUACAUAAUUCUUUACCAAUUAAAAAAAAAGUUCAUAUGCAAAAUAUAUCACAUAUACCAAUAUGUAUUGAUUGGGUUGUAUAUGAUAUAACAGAAGAUGCAACAGAUAGACCAAAAUUUAUUGAACUUAUACCUGUUAUUGAUAAUAAUCCAUUUAAUCAUUUUGCAAGUGAAACAACUAUUAUGGAAAAUAAUUCAGAAAUUAUGUCACAAACAACUAUUUCAACAAAAACAAGUUCUCGAGCACCUUCAGCUAUAUCAAGUCAAUCAUCAAUUAGUUUAAUUGAUAAUAGACCAACACAAUUAAUUAAACUUUAUGUUGAACCUUAUCGAGGCAAACGAGCAUCUGAUAAUAAUCCAAUUUUUACAACUUCACCGAUAACACAAGUAAUUAAACCACGAGAACAUUUUUAUGUUGAUAUAACUAUGUUACCACGUAAUUGUCCAAUAAAAGAUCGUCCGAUAAAAUGUAAUGCACGAGUCUGUGGUAUAUUAAGUGUAACUGAAGAUAGACAAGGUUCACCAAGUCAAGGUUUUCAACGAAAAAUAUACUAUGAACAUGAAGAACAAGUUGAAUUUCGUAUAAAUGGUUCACUUGAUAUACCAUCAUUACGUGUUGAACUUGAUGAUGAUGAUUGUAAUGUUGAAAAAUUAGAAGCACUUUCAUUUGCUAUUCCUGUUGGUGAUAUAUUAUCAUGUCAACCAAAUCUCUACAAUUGUACUUUACCAUUAACAAGAAAAUCUUCACGUCGAACAUCAGUCAAAUCAUCAACACAAAAUCCUGAUGAAAAAAUUUAUACACAUACAUUAAAUCUAUUAAAUACACAUCAAUAUACAAUACCAUUUGAAUUAGAUAUAUCAGACUCUUCAUUUCUUAAAAUUCAACCAACAACAUUAACAACAUUAACACCACAAUCAAAACUUAAUGUACAAUGUCAAUUUCAUUUAUCACAAGAAUUAAUUGAUCGUUUCUAUACAUCAAAUUUAAAUGCAAAUCCAUCAUUAUUAUCAAAAAUAAAACAAACAACAACAGUUGAAUAUGGACGUCGAAUACAAUGGCAAGAACAUUUAACAGUGAACUUUACUCAAAAUGAGAUGAAACAAAUAAUACCAAUUGAUAUUCGAUUAUAUUUUCCAAUAUUAUCUGUUAAUCAUGAUAGUAUUGAUUUUGGAAUGUGUUUUAUUGAACAAACUAGACAAAAAGAAUUGAUAUUAAAAAAUUUAACUGGGUCAUCAUCAGCAUGGUCAAUAAGAAAAGUUCAUGCUAAUAAUCCAGAUGCCUAUGAAGCAUUUCGAAUUGAACCAAAAUCUGGUAUAUUAAAAACUCAAUUAAAUUCAAAAGAAAAAUCUGCUCAACAAGUUAUAUCAAUUUAUUUUACGGCUCGACAUAAUCAUACUUAUGAAUGUCAAUUAUUGGUCGAAGGUUUACUUGAUGAGCCACCAAUUUCAAUACUCUUAACUGGAGAAGGUACAUUCGAUGGUAAAUACGAAGCAAUUCACGAUAUUUAA